GAUCAUAACUUUACUUUCGUAUCGGUAUCUUAGAUUACAUUGUCUUCGAGUAAACACGUCUUCAUUGGGUGGGAAAAUAUCAUGUUUGAUCUGAAUAGUGAAAUCUAAAAAUAACAAUCCUAGAGAAUGUUUAAUGCAGACUCUUCAAUUGCUUUUUCCUCACCGUGCUGUCUAAAGAAACUUGUCUGAUCCGAGAAUGAGAUCUUAACCGUUUGGUAUAACUGCUGGUAGAAGUUUCAACAUGAGCGAAGUUCGUGUUAACGUAACGACGGGAUCUUCGACUUGUUCGGUCCCCAACACGCCUAUCAAGACGUCGGCAAACGGGAUACUAGACAUAGAUAAAAGAUGCAGCAGGGAAGACCUUCAACUUUUAGCUCGCCUUGAAAAACAGAACAGAAUUUUGGAAUCAGACUCAAAGUCUUUAAAUUUGAUACACACACACUCCCGAAAAUCAUCUGAUGCUAGUCUAGUCUCUGUUCAGUCUUCCCAAAGUUGUCAUGGUAUGGCACCAGAGGAUGAGCAACUGGAAGAAGAUGUUUGGUUUAUCUGGGGGAGAAUAGUCAAUGAUUGGGAGAACCACAUAAAGAAGAAAAAUUUGUUUGUUAAAAUGCCAGAAGAAGAAGCAUUUGCUGUUUUGACAAGGCUAAUGGAAGAUUACAGACUGCGAGAAAUGUAUAAACCCAGCAUGGCUGAGUUAGGCUUAUGUAUGUAUCAACUGGAAUCUAUUGUUCAGGAACUGAUUCCUGAGUUACAUAUUCACUUUCAGUCACAAAGUUUUCACACAUCAAUGUAUGCAUCAUCCUGGUUCUUAACACUCUUCACAGCUGCUCUUCCUCUGCAGUUAGCUUCAAGAGUGAUGGAUUUAUUUCUCUCAGAAGUAAGUACAGUACAAAUUGUACAUUUUGUUAUAUGUAGAUUAAGGACAGAGAACAGACUACUGAGGCAGAGAAUAGAAAAUCUAGAACAGGAGAGCUCGGCCCUAGCUGAUCGCCUCAUUCAGGGCCAGGUUACUCGAGCACAGGAGGCAGAAGAUAAUUUUACCAUCAGAAGAGAAUUGGAAGAUUUGAGGUAUAAAGAAGAAACGAUCAAACAAGAACUGGAUCUGGCUUACCAACAAAUCCGAACUCUCAGUGAGGCUGGGUCACAACCUCCAUCUUUUGACAAUUCUGUUGAUGAAUUGCUGCAGUCUUUACAAGAAGAACUAGUGGCCGUGAAGCUUCGGGAAGCAGAGAAAGAUGAAAUUAUGCAGGACUUAAGAGGCCAAAUCCAGGAGCUUGAGGAGGUUAACAAACAGUUACGAGAAACAACUCCUGACAAAACACUAGCCCAACUCCAGGAAGAACUGAUAGCUGUUAAGCUUAGAGAAGCUGAGGCCAACCUGUCUAUGAAGGAACUUCGACAGAAAGUGUCUGAUUUACAAACCAUGUGGCGGGUAAAGUUAGUUUUCUGAGUUACUUUUCA